CAGAAAUACAGAACACCGGACGCAAACUUGCAAAUUUAUUUUAUUUCUAUACUUUAUUUUAAAUAAAUGCACGGAGCUUUGUGAAAAAAAAAUAUUGAUUUUGACAGGAACAUGGUGGAUUGGAAAACUGAUAGUAAGAAGUUUGAUAAGAUGACAAAAGAAGAGUUAGAUAAAUAUCAUCAUACACCUGAGACAGAACUCUCACUCCUUGUAUGCCGAGCUACAGAUAGAAAUGAUUAUGCUCAACUCAAAGAAUAUCUUCAGGUAUUAUCAGAGAGGGAGCCUGAUAGGAUUCAUACUAGAGACACGGCAGGAAUGACAGCUCUUCAUUGUGCCGUUGCCUGCUCAUCUCUACCAGCAGUGAAAUUGUUGUCGAAGUAUGGAGCAGUUGUUGAUGCUAAAGAUAUGUUAGGGUUCACACCACUGUUCCUGGCUACAGGUCGGUAUCCCAACACUGAUAUAGCAAGUUUCCUGAUUACAGAGGGUCAUGCAAAUGUUGGUGCCAAGACAAAUACAGGUGCUACAGCUUUACAUGGUGCUGCUCUACAGGGUAACCAUGACUGUGUGAAACUUUUGCUAAAGCAUGGCGGUGAACCCCGAACAGAAGACAAUGAAGGUACUACAGCUUUCGAGUUGGCUAAGAAUCAGGAGAUAAGAUCUCUGCUGCAUGAUGCAGUCAUAGAUAUUGACAGUAAGAAGGAAAUCUCAGAUGUUGUAUGUGCACAAUGUAAGAAGCCAGCAAGUGAAGCAGGUACUCUUAAAAGAUGUGGACAAUGUCAUGUGACCUUAUACUGUAGUAAAGAAUGUCAGAUAGCUCACUGGAAACAAGGAGAUCACAAAAAUAAAUGUGAAGGAUUUGUGAUAGCUAGACCAGUACUUAAGAAUAAAGAUGGGCCAGACCUUUUCAUGACCAGCUUCUAUCAUGUUAUGGGUUCGCAGAAAAAAAACGUGAAAAUUUUCAACCGCAGAUCAGGAGAGUCUGCAGAAAAGAUGGAGUUUCUAAGGAACAAAAGAUUUAUUGUAAAAGUUCAAGUACCACUAAGUGGUUUUGCUAUGCAAGGUGGAGAUAUGAUGGUCUAUAAUGCUGAUAGAACAUGUGAGGGAUUUAUACAUAGCACAGAAAAAGGAUACAAGCCUCUUGCUGCCAGGAUCAGAAAAGAAGGAUUUAAGGGAAUUAAAGCAUUUUUCUGGGCAGAGUUAGGUGAUAAAAGUGAUGGAACAUUCAAAGUGUUCCCAGGAAAAACGGCACCAUACCAGGACUGGUAAUUGUUAUCAUGGUCAAUCACAUCAACAUCUCGUUCAUUAUGACGUACUUUUUUACAUUGAAUAGAAUAUGAUGUUACUUUAACAGUUACAUGUUGUUAAAAAUUUUGUAUUGUUUAUUAUUCAAAGGUGCAGUAAUGUAUACCUUCACCUAAUGUUUAAACUUAAGCUAUUUGUAUAGGAGAUUUGAUACCCUAGUGUCAAUAGUAAAUUAUCCUACUGUAUAAGUGAAUAUUUAUAUGUUACAAAAGUUUUGCAAAUGUGUGCGUGUGGAAAUAUUUGCGAAAAUAGGAUUUAUUGAAUUUGAUACUGUUGUUGUGGUAUCAUUAAUUAAGCAGGUACAUGUUAAAAAUAUGCUGCUAUUGUAUUCUAUUCCAUUGUUUAAUACCUUUAUUAUUUAUAUAUAAUUGAUGUAAGUUUGAUAAAGGACAUGAUCACACAUUUCUUUGCCAUAUUUUGAAACCUUCUUUAUUUAUAUUAAUACCCUAUUGUGUUAUUUACAUAUUUAUUGUUUCAUCAAUACAUUUAUGAUUUGUUAAGACCAAAAUUAAACAAACAAACAAUGAGAAAAUUAAUCUCAGUAUGCGAAGAUUAAAACAUAUUCAUGUAAGAUGCUGUAUGAAAACAUGUGUUCAAAUGAUAAAAGAAAGUCUGCCUAAACAGAAAUACUUUUUGCACAAUCAAAUAUUUGCGAAUAAUUUCAAUAAACAACGCAAAAUUAACCACGUAAACAGUAUAUCACUUAUUUUCUCUAAACUAUAGCUAGAAUGACUUAUCCACAGAUAAAUCAUCAGCAUACUUUAUCACUAGUAUUAUACAUGUAUAUAGUUUGAUUAUCUUAUUUCAAAAUUGGUGAAAUGAAUUAGAAAUACCUUUAUAAACAACUUCUGCUCAUCAGCAAGCCUUCUCUGUUACAUUCUUGGAUGGUAAUCUUUAUAGUUUGUUUUAAAUACAUUUAAUGAGCAAAUUUUUUUGUUGGACCGGAUCCUAGGUUAAAAAGAAAUUGAUAAAGCAUGACAUGCAUGAAGUUCUUCCAAAUGUGUUCAAGUGGUUGCAUUCCCUUGCAUUCCUUGGUCACAGCAACUACAAGUGCCAUCUUAACAAAUCUUUUUUCUCUGAAACUAUAAGGCCCAUAUCUAAGAUAUUUGUUGGGUUUCAAAUUCUAAUAAUCAUCACUACAGAGUUUUUUCCAAAUCAUGACUCUGAGGUCUAAAUUUGCUCAACUGUGGGAACUGUUGAUUUUGCAUACUUACAUAAGAAAAUACUUUGUUAAUCGUUUUUUCUCAAAGGACACUAACAAUUGUCUAAUAACCUAUUUAGUUUGUUCAAAUUAUGACCCUGUUGUCCAAAUUGUUCCUGUUGUGGGUGUCAUUUGAUUUUGCAUAGACUUGUAUAGCAAACGAGCUUCAACUAAAAUUGUAUGUGCAGAAUACACAAUGACCAUGCUUAGAUACUUGGUAUGUAUCUUUGUCUGGGGACCUUUACAAAAGUUAUAUAGUCAUGCAGCAACUCUCUGCCAGUGGGCCCUUUUCAGAAAUAAUUUUCUGAUUUUUUAAAAAAUGAUUCAGAGGAAUACAAUGUUGAAACAAAGUUUGCAGGUUUAAUGACAGAAUCAGUUGGGAAAAGAUUAUGGAAAGUCGAGAGCGACUUAACUCAUGACAAAAUGUUUUCCAUGUGGGGCUUUAUACAUUUCAUAGAAUGAAAGAAUAUUUUCAGUAUUAAAAAAAAUGAAAAUGAAAUAUCAACCAGAAUAAGGAGUUUAUUAGAAUUUUCAGACAUGAAUUUGUCUAAAAGUGGUAGAAAACAAAAAUCCAUUGAAAGGAAGGAAUUCUGUUUAAUGGUAACAAAGAUGAUAGUGUAUAACAGGGUUGUGAUUGUAAUAUAUUUUCAAUAUUAUGUAAAUAUUUUCACUAUGGUGCUGUUAAAAAGGUGUUAUUUGUUAUUCAUUAUACAUGUAUAUUUUUGAACAGUAUUAUGUUAUCAUGUAUUAUAAAAUAUGCAAUAUUUUGAACAUGUUCUGAAGGUGCUGACAGUUUUUUUUAUGUUCUUAGUUGUUGAAUUUUGUUUGUUUGUUUGUUCUUAUUUUGCAUUGGAAUCUCAUUCUUAGUUGUUACUCAUCUUUAUAUUUAUGUAAAUUUAGUUUCAUAUUGUUACACAAGAACAAGGCAUUAGUAUUAAGUGUUCAAACAGAUGUUUUAUCAUAUUCUAGUCACACAUUUUCAUAUUUUUGUAAUAAAAUCUUUCACUUGUUAUCAUUUAUGAAAGUUAGGAUUUAUGUAGUGAAGAAUAUAAUAUAUAGUACCAAAUUUUGUUCUAUUUUUGUGAUACAGUGCAAUUGCCAUUUGUGACACAUGCGAUUGCCAUUUGUGAUAUAUGUGUGAUUAUCAUUUGUGACACACGUUGUGACACACAUGCGAUUUCCAUUUGUGACGACCAUGCAAUUGCCAUUUGUGACACACAUGCAAUUGCCAUUUGUGAUACACAUCACACAGUUUCAUCUAUUAACAAGUUCAUUAUGUUUGUAAAGCUAAAGAUAUGCUUCAUGUAGUGUUCAUACUAUCACAAAAUAUUUCUUGUGAAAUGUAUAAAAGGGUAUACUGACUUUCUGGUAGGCUUAUAGAUUCAUUAAAGAACUUUCAGGUUAACCGAUAUCGGUA